UUCAGAUUUAUUUUAUAAUGGAAUCUGAGAACCUAAGCAGAGUGGAGAAUAUAUUGAAGAAUGGUGGACUCUCAACUCCAGAUAUUGUUAUUGUUGUUAUUUACUUUCUAGCUCUAAUAGGAGUAGGGUUUCUAGCCUCCAGGGCAACCAGACGAGGAAGCGUUUCCGGAUUCUUUUUAGCCUCCCGAAACAUGAACUGGAUGCUUGUUGGUGGAUCCCUAUUCUCUAGUAAUGUUGGUUCAGAACAUUUAAUCGGGCUGGCUGGAUCUGGAGCUGCUUCAGGAAUAGCAAUUGCAACAUAUGAGAUGAACGCUAUCUUUAUUUUGAUGCUUCUUGGUUGGUUCUUUGUACCUGUCUACCUAGCUUCAGGAAUUUAUACCAUGCCUGAAUAUCUUAGAUUGAGGUUUGGAGGCCAAAGAAUACGAACAGUUCUCUCAAUUUUCACGCUCUUUCUCUACAUAUUCACCAAAAUCUCAAUUGAUUUGUAUUCUGGGGCUUUAUACAUCAAGUUUGCUCUUGGGCUUCAGGGAGAGGAAGGACUUUAUAUUUCUAUAAUUGUUCUACUGCUGCUAGCUGGAUGCUUUAGUAUAGGAGGAGGACUAACUGCUGUGAUUUGGACAGAUUUCUUCCAAACAAUAUUAAUGGUCUGCGGAGCAUUUAUAGUUAUGUCCUUUGCUAUGGUUGAGGUUGGAGGCUAUGAUGCUAUGCUUACAAAGUAUGCCGUGGCGGAGGCGGAUGCCGAGUACUCCGCCUUCUAUCAAGUAAAUGGAACCAACAAAUCCUGUAAACCAAUUCAGGAUGAUUUUAUGCACAUGUUGCGGUCAGCUGAUGCACCCGGAGAAGAUCUUCCUUGGACAGGACUUUUUACAGGGAUGCUUAUAGGUUCAGUUUGGUAUUGGUGUACUGAUCAAGUAAUAGUUCAGAGAACCUUGUCUGCAAAAAAUUUAACUCAUGCAAAGGGUGGAGUAUUACUGGCUGGGAUCCUGAAAUUUCUUCCGCUGUUUCUUCUUGUAAUUCCAGGAAUGGCCGCUAGAGUUCUGUACAGAAACGAGAUUGGAUGUUCUGAUCCUACUGCCUGUCAGAAGAUUUGUCAGUCUGAGUCUGGGUGUACAGAUAUAGCUUUCGUUCUUCUUGUUCUAGAUCUUCUACCUAGUGGUUUGAGGGGUUUAAUAAUGGCAGUAAUGAUGGCAGCUAUAAUGUCAUCUUUAACCUCUGUUUUCAACUCUGCAUCAACCAUCUUUACUAUUGAUAUAUGGACCAGGUUUAGACUGAAGGCAACUGAUACAGAGAAACUUAUUGUUGGCAGAUCAUUUGUUGUCGUACUCAUAGCUGUGAGUAUUGCAUGGAUUCCUAUUAUUGUAAACUACAAACAGUCACAACUUUUCCAUUACGUUCAGGCUGUUUCAAAUUUUCUCUGUCCCCCCAUCACAGCAAUUUUUCUACUAGGGCUAUUUUGGCCUCGACUAAAUGAACAGGGUGCAUUUUGGAGCCUUAUUAUAGGAUUUGCUGUGGGAAUAGUCAGAUUUGGCCUUCAGUUUGGGUACAAGGGACCUGCUUGUGGUUCAGGGUUACAAGAUACAAGGCCUGAGUUUGUGAUUGCUACUGUUGAUCGGUUUCAUUAUCUUCAUUUUGGAGCUUUCUCUUUUCUCUUGGUUGGAGUAAUCUCAACAAUAAUAUCUCUUCUAACUGAACCUAUACCUCAAGCUAGGCUUUAUAGAUUAACCUACUGGACCAGAUUCAGUAAAGAGAUUAGAGAAGAACUAGAGGAUGAUAACACGGAUUUUAAUAUUCAACCAGAAACAAGGCUCGAACCAUCAGAGAGCAGCCUUACUAUUUGGCGGAGAAUUCUGAAUUGUAUUUGUGGUUUGAAUCAGGUAUUUUUAUCCAGGAGUUGGAAUAAUCCACUUUUUAUUAUUUAGUAAACAGGAAAGUAAACAUUUA